AUGAACGACCAGCCUCAGGACUUUCUCGACAAGUCACACGCAGCUUUGCAAUCGUCGACACAUACCGAAGGGACGGUGUCCUUCACCUAUAACCCUAGCCAGGUCUUUUUCAAUCCCACACAGAUCUUUAAUCGUGACAUCUCUUUGCUGGUGGUUGAUCAGUAUCUACAACACAUUCAUGACCAGUCUACAGUUCAGAAAGCCAUCAUAAUAGAUUGUCUCUCUGCCUCUGGUCUUAGGGCACUACGGUAUUCCCGGGAGCUCCAUGUGACUGUCCCUCUUCACAUAAUCGCAGUUGACAUAUCUCCAGCUGCCACAGCUGAUAUAGCAAUGAACCACGAAGCCAACCCAGUAACCCUUCCAGAUGUAGCCUUCGAGAUUUCCUGUAUGGACGCCAACAGGAAGCUGCAGGACCUUCACCACUCCCGGAUGCCAGCAGCAGUUAUAGACAUUGACCCUUACGGGCACCCGACACCCUUUCUUCCAGCUGCGUUGGAUGCGUGCUCCCAUAAUGGCCUUCUUUGUAUAACAGCUACAGACGGGGCUAUCACAUGCAGGAAGCAGUGCAAGGAGUGCUUUAUCAGGUACGACGCUGCGCCAGCUACCGGAAGAGUGUGGGCCCACGAGGGUAGUAUCCGGAUUGUUAUGGGUGCCAUUGCUAAGGAGGCGGCUCGGCGUCGUGCCUCUAUAACGCCACUCCUUAGCUUUUUCCACAAGCAUUACCUACGAGUCUUCGUCCUGGUCAACAAGAGGAACAAGUGCAAGUCCCUUGAUAUGUACAAGGCUAUGGGAACUGUUUAUCACUGCAUGGCUUGUAGUUACUUUAUCACGCAGCAAGCAGACAGCGAUAAGCUCGCUCUUCCUCUGGCACCCGACUCUAAAUGUCCAUACUGUCUAUCAUGUAUGCAUGUUUCUGGCCCUAUGUGGCUUGGAGAUCUCCAUGAUAAAGAGUUUCUUAAUAGAUUGGAGGAGGCUCUUCCAACCUAUCAAGACCUCCACAGCUACAGUGAUAUUGCAGCACAUAUCUCAUUUGCAAAAGGAGAAUGCGGGCUCCCACCGCUCCUCUACAGUGCAAACACUAUCACAUCUUAUCUGAAAUCACUUUCACUCUCCACAGCGCACUUGGCAGCGGCCCUGGAACAGCUAGGUUACCGUGUUGGCCCUGCCCACUCGCAACCUGGAGGAUUCAAGACUGACGCCCCAUUUUCUGCUGUCCUCGGCGUUCUCUACCCAUGGCACAGAAUCUGUGUGUUGCAAGGAAGUAGCAAACCUGUACAGACUCUUCAGCUAGCCAACGUAGUUCCUGUAUCAUUGAGCGACUCUGUGCUAAGCGAGCUUUUGGAGCGUUACUUUUCCCUAGACGAUUCGUCUAAGGGUGCUCUAAUCAAUAGGUACAAGGAGGACAUCAGCCAGUUUUAUACGCAAUAUCAUCAAACAAGUAUGACCAGCAUCUGCGUAAUAAACUAUUUCUCCAGCUCCCAGAACGUCCAACAAUGGUUUCAUAGAUCAUGGAAAACUGAUAACGGACUCACAAAGUAUCGGCCGGCCAACUUCAAGCCCAAUCCAGAACCUAACUGGGGCCCAAAGAAAGCCAAAUAA